GCGGCGAGCAGCAGAGAGGCAUCGCCCUAGAUAACGGUAGAAUCGUGGGCUGGUGUCGUGCUGGUUUUUCGCGAGAGUGCUACGAAAUCGAGGGGGAAUUCUGUAUUCGCGAGUAGUCCCCGUGGAGUAGAAAUUCGUCCACGGGACCCAAGUUAUUCCGGUGGUAUGUGAUCCGGGCCGCCUUGAGGACAGUGAGUAAUCGGCUGUUCGAAGCGACCGAAGAGGAGGAGGAGGACCGUGACCCGAGGAGCUUCGGUGCACCCGCGGCGCGCCGCGCAAGACUCUCCUCGACCAGCGGGGAAUUUCUCAGGCAGUGACACGUUCGUUUCUUUCGUUCGGUCGUGUUUUCGUAUACCGAUCAUAGAGAGACAGAGCCACGGAUCGUCUCUUUGGCUUUCGAUGUGUCCGACAAGUCGACUGGACGACGAACCGAGAACAGCAGUAGGAAACGAGUAAUCGCCGGAGAAUUUCUGUAGAUUGGGAUACAGUGGGCCGUGGACAAGGACGGCGAAAGAGGGACAGAGAAAUAAAGAGAGAACAAGAGAGAGAGACGCGGAUAGUAAACGAAGGAGUGCGCGAGGAAGAAAGGGAGAGACGGAAACAGUGCGACAUAGAGGGCCGUUAGAAACGAGGAUACCGAUAACCGAGGACGCUGAACGGAUUCAGAGAAUAUUUUGAAGGCGCCAAGGUCCGUUCGAGUGAGGGGAAAGAGGAGCAAAACGUGGCGGAUUCGGUGACCCCUCGGCUGUGACCACAGGCGCACAGAGAAUUAGGGCAAGGAAAUGCGUGAAUAUAAAAUAGUGGUGUUGGGUAGUGGUGGUGUAGGCAAGUCCGCCCUCACUGUCCAGUUCGUCCAAGGAAUCUUCGUCGAGAAGUACGACCCGACGAUCGAGGACAGUUACCGUAAACAGGUCGAGGUCGACGGUCAACAAUGUAUGUUAGAAAUCCUAGACACAGCCGGAACGGAACAAUUCACAGCCAUGAGGGACCUUUAUAUGAAGAAUGGCCAAGGCUUCAUACUAGUGUAUUCGAUAACGGCACAGUCAACGUUCAACGACCUACAGGACCUCAGGGAGCAGAUCCUCCGGGUAAAGGACACAGAUGACGUGCCAAUGGUGUUGGUCGGCAACAAGUGCGACUUGGAGGACGAGAGGGUAGUGGGCAAAGAGCAGGGCGUCAACCUUGCCCGGCAAUUUAACUGUGCGUUCAUGGAGACCUCUGCCAAAGCCAGAAUUAAUGUUCACGAUAUCUUCUACGACCUGGUUCGACAAAUCAACAAAAAGUCACCGGAAAAGAAAAUGAAGCAGAAAAAGAAAUCGCUGUGCCGACUUCUGUAAAGUAGAAGAUGUAGCAGAAGCCCAUACUCUCCUGCACGAUGAGACGGGAAGCAACACGCAAAACCGGGUAUACCAGUGGGAAAGAUGGAACAGAGGGGGUUCAGGCGACUACACGGAACAAACACUAGUGACAAGGAGGGGGCUGACGGAAUCAUAAGCAAAUAGAGGGGCAACACAACGAGGAAGCGGACACAGGGGCGGGGAGGGAGGGUUACACAUAGUCGUAGAACACCCAGAAGAAAGGUGGUGACAAUGACGCAACGACGACGGAGAGAGGGUACGAAAGGGGAUGAAGGUGGAGAGAGAACGGCGCAAUGGAGGGGUGAAGAGAAACAGCGAGGAAAAACUAAUAAUGUUGUAUAUACGUUGGUCCCGGGGUGGCUCGUGUGCACGCGCAAACACAGGCGCACAAAGAGUUUUAGUGUUAACGAGACCCCGUGGCGUCGGUUAUCAUUGUAGGCGUUUUGCAUUAAAGAAGAUAAAGACGAGGCGGAAGAAGAAGAAGAUGAAAAAAAAUAUGAUUACUUAAUGAUAGUAUACAAAUAUAUAUAUAUAUA